AUGCCCUCUAAAAGCGUCACAUUUUGUGUGUCUCAGGAUCUAGAGACUCCCCUACGGAUUAAGAUCAAAUCUUUAGAAGGACAUAAGCCAUUAUUAAAACAUUCUCAAAAGCUAUCUCAACCAGCACUUUCACAAACAGCUUCCAAUGUUUUCCCUAUCAGUGAUAUGCUAGUAUCUGCUCAAGUGUUUGAUAAGGAAAGAGAUCGAAACUUGACUAUUCCCAUUGUUACUCCCUAUGUUCCCUUUAAAAGUUCAAGGAAAUGGGAUCAAUGGUUGAAUUUACCUAUAAAUUUAAACCAAUUGAAUACAUCAAGCUGGCUAAGAAUUGUUAUUUGGGAAUUUGAAGGAACUAAAAGAGUACCAUUCUUUAUUCUAAAUACACCUAUUUUCAACUUAGAGGAUAAUACACUGAAAAGAGGACAAGAAUCACUGCAAUUCCAAUACGAUGACCCACAGAGUGGUAGAAAACUUGAAAAUGAUCCAUUACUAGACUCCUUAAACAGAUUUUAUUUAGGAGAAGUGAAGAAACUAAGUUGGUUGGACGAAAUGAGUAUACCAACUCUUGCGAAAAAAGCUGAAAGACGAAGCCUACCGAUUGGGACUUUUUUACUCAAUAUUGAGUUCCCUGUAUUUGAACUUCCAGUAGUAUUCACUGAAAGAAGCUACACAGAUGUGCAGAAAAAUAUCCCUACACUGCAUAAUUUCGAACAAAGUAAUGAAGUUGCGGAAUAUACCAAAACAGAGCCGCGCAUGAAAAUAUCCAUGGGUGACAAGUAUAACUCGACGUUGAAAUUUUACGAUCCAGAUCAAUUCAGCAACAAUCCUGUUGAAGAAAAGUAUAGAAGGUUGGAAAGAGCUUCGAAAAGGUCAAAUAUGGAUAAACAUGCAAAGCCAGACACCAAGAAAAGGGAUUAUCUUAAUAAAAUCAUUAAUUAUCCACCUGGUACUCAACUGACAGCACAUGAAAAAGGUAGCGUUUGGAAAUAUCGAUACUAUUUGGUCAAUAACAAAAAGGCUCUUAAAAAACUCCUGCAGAGUACAAAUCUUACUGAAGAGACGGAGCGUACAGAAGUUUUGGAGCUUAUGGACUCCUGGGCAGAAAUUGACAUUGAUGACGCCAUUGAAUUACUUGGUUCCGAUUACAAAAAUAUAUCUGUGAGAGCAUAUGCAGUGAAUAGACUUAAGAAGGCAUCUGACAAGGAAUUGGAGUUAUACUUGCUGCAAUUAGUCCAGGCGGUUUCAUUCGAAUGUCUAUCUACAUUUUCAGACAAAUCCAAUAGUGAAUUCACGAUUGUAGAUAUGGCUCCCUCACAAGCUCUUGAUAACUCUAGUUCCGUGGCAGUGCAACGUCAAAAGAUGAUAAAUUCUACUUAUAAUACAGGAGAAUCUACCUUGGAAGAGAGUGCCAUUGUCAUUUCCCCGCUGGCGGAAUUUUUAAUCAGAAGAGCAAUUAUGAAUCCCAGGUUGGGCAAUUUUUUUUAUUGGUAUAUGAGAUCUGAUUCUGAAGAUAACCCAUUCUUGAACCAGAUUAUAGAUUCCUAUUGGAGUAGGCUACCGAAAAACAGAUUGAUCAUGCUAGAAGAUCAAAUUAAUUUAGUGAGCAUAUUGCGAGAUCUUUGCGAAGAGGUCAAAAGGCUUAAAGAUACUGUCGUUAAAAAGCUAGACCUUUUGCACCAUCUCUUAGCGACUAAAUUAAAGCAUUUUCUUAAGAACCGUGAAAUCAGCUUACCGUUGGAUCCUGAUGUUAUCAUUACGGAUGUAUUACCAGAAAUUUCGAAGGUCUUUAAAAGUUCACUUUCUCCUCUCAAGAUUGCAUUCAAGACAAAAACUGGGUCUAUUUAUUCAUUGAUGUACAAGGUCGGUGAUGAUUUGAGACAAGAUCAGCUGGUCGUUCAAAUCAUUAGCCUGAUGAAUGAACUACUGAUGAAUGAAAAUGUAGAUUUGAAAUUAAUACCUUACAAAAUUCUGGCUACUGGUCCUCAAGAAGGUGCCAUCCAAUUUAUCCCCAACGAUACGAUGGCUAAUAUUUUAGGUGUUGAGCAUGGAAUUCUCCCAUAUUUUCGUUCUCAUUAUCCUGAUAUGAAUGCAGAAUUAGGAGUUCAAGGAUGGGUUAUGGACAAUUUUGUCAAGUCCUGCGCAGGGUACUGUGUGAUCACAUAUAUUUUAGGUGUUGGUGAUAGACAUCUGGAUAAUUUGUUGAUUACACCAGAUGGUCAUUUUUUCCACGCUGAUUUCGGAUACAUUUUGGGACAAGAUCCCAAGCCCUUCCCACCACUGAUGAAACUCCCGCCACAGAUUAUCGAAGCAUUCGGUGGUGCUGAAUCCUCUAAUUACAAUAAAUUUCGCAGCUACUGCUUCGUGGUCUAUUCUAUUCUAAGGAGAAAUGCUGGAUUAAUAUUGAACUUAUUCGAACUUAUGAAAACUUCUAAUAUUCCUGAUAUCCGCAUUGAUCCCGAUGGGUCAGUAUUAAAGGUCAAGGAAAGGUUCAACUUGGAUAUGUCCGAGGAGGAGGCCACUGUACACUUCCAGAAUCUGAUCAACGACAGCGUCAAUGCUCUUUUGCCCAUCGUUAUCGACCAUCUACACAAUUUGGCACAAUAUUGGCGAGCUUAA